ACUUGGCUAGUAAGCUGCUGAAGUGCUUAAAUUCCUGGAGCUACUGGUGCUAGCUGGGGCAUGCUUUAGCGAUUUCACUGCCUGGGUCUGCUUAGGUGAGCAGGACUUGACGAUGGCAGAAUGGGAAGCUGAGAGCUCCUCAAGGAGGGGAUCAACGUCGCAAGUGGCAGAUGAAGAUGAUGAUGACACUGUAUAUGUUGCAGUGGGUAAGGAUUUUGAAGAAAACAAGUUGAAUUUGGUAUGGGCAAUAGAGAAUUUUCCCGGGAAGAGAUUGUGUAUUAUUCAUGUUCAUCAGCCUGCUAAAAUGAUCCCCUUCGUCGGCGGAAAAUUUCCGGCUAGCAGGCUUGCGCAACAUGAGCUGAAGGAGUUCCAAAAACUUGAAAGGAACAUUAUGCUCAAGAUCCUGGAUGAUUACGUCCUCUUCUGCGGUCAAUUAGAUGUCCAUGCAGACAAGUUAUGUGUGGAGAUGGAUGAUGUUGGGAAGGGGAUUAUAGAACUCGCAUACCAUUAUGAUAUUAAGAAGCUUGUUAUGGGAGCAGCGGCAAACAAACACUAUUCAGAGGAAAUGAUGGAUCUUAAGUCCAAGAAGGCUAAAUAUAUCCAACUACAUGUGCCUUCUUCCUGUCAAAUUUGGUAUAUCUGCAAUGGAUACUUCAUAUGCAAAAGGGAUUCUACAUGCUCCACAACCAAUGGGUUUGGAAACUCUGCUUCUUUUUUGCAGCAGAGAACUGACGGGAGUGGACUUGAGUUGGAGUUACAUGAAGUGUCUCUAUCUGAGGAAAAUAGUCACAAUCGUGAUUCACUGGAAGAAAGUAGUAUUGAUCAACUUUACAAUCAACUGGAACGUGCCAUGUCAGAGGCUGAAAAGUUUAAAAAACAAGCACUUGAAGAGUCGCUAAGGUGUGGAGUAGCUGAAAAGACUGCUGUUAACGCUGUUCGCAGGGCUAAAGAUUUAGAAAUCUUGUAUGCUAGGGAGUUGAGAUGUAGGAAAGAAAUUGAGGGAGCACUUGCAAGAGAGAAAGAAAACCAUCAGAGGACAAAGAAUCAGUGGGAUGAGGAGAGAGUGAUUACCAAGGAUCAGAAAUUAUUACAGCAUAUCCAAGUUUCAAAAUUUGAUGAAAAGAUAAAAGAGUUGAAUGAUGAAAGACUUUCUGCUGUAGAACAGUGCAAAGAAUAUAAGAAAGAAAGAGAUAAGUUGCAGGUAGAGCAUGACAAUGUUCUCAAAUUAGCCAAGGAGCUGGCUGAGGAGCUUUCAAAAAAGCAAGUAGAAGAUGCCUCGUGCUCACAAAUGCAUCAGUUUCUUUCCGUGUUCUCUUUGUCAGAAAUUCAUGAAGCAACCUUCAACUUUGACCCAAUCUUAAGGAUUGGGAGAGAUGGUUAUGGGAACACUUACAGAGCUAAUCUUCGUCACACCCCAGUAGCUAUAAAGGUGCUGAACCCAGAGAGCAUGCAAGGGCGUCUGGAGUUUGAACAGGAGGUUGAAUUAUUAAGUAAAUUGAGGCAUCCGAACUUGGCCAUUCUCAUUGGAGCCUGCUCAGAAGCUUGUGCUCUAGUCUAUGAAUAUUUACCAAAUGGAACCCUUGAGGAUCGGCUCAGCUGCAAGGACAACACUCCACCCUUGCCUUGGCAAGCUCGAAUACGCAUAGCCACUGAGUUAUGCUCUGUCCUUAUGUUUCUUCAUUCCAGCAAGCCUCACAGCAUUGUACAUGGUGGUUUAAAGCCAGGAAAUAUUCUCCUUGAUGCUAACCUUGCAUGCAAACUCAGUGACUUUGGAUUCUGUCGAGCACUCUCUCUAUGUGAAAAUCCAAGGGGCAUGAUACUAUCUCAUGAAACUGACCCAACGGGCACUUUCCUCUACCUGGAUCCUCAUUUCCUUGCAACAGGAGAACUCUCUCCGAAUUCAGACACUUACUCAUUUGGAAUUAUAUUGUUACAAUUAUUGACAGGAAGAUCAGCCUUUAGCAUAGCAAGUGAAGUCAGAGAUGUGAUAGAUGAAAGAAAUCUGAGUUCCUUUUUGGAUCCCCAAGGAGGCGACUGGCCAUUUGUCCAAGCCAAACAAUUGGCUCAACUGGCUUUGAGUUGCUGCGCAAGGUACCAAAGUAGCCGACCAGACCUUGCAUCAGAGGUGUGGAGGGUGCUUGAACCGAUGAGAACAUUUUCCUCACCACUGGUCCAAUUUGGUUCUCAAGAGGGUGAACAGCCCCCUUCCUAUUUCUUUUGUCCUAUUUUGCAGGAAGUGAUGCAAGAUCCUCAUGUGGCAGCAGAUGGAUUUACUUAUGAAGCAGAGGCAUUGACAGGCUGGCUGGAGAGUGGGCACAACACUUCACCAAUGACAAACCUAGUGCUUGACAACUUGAAUCUUGUUCCCAACCGUUCUCUUCGUUCUGCAAUUCAGGAUUGGCAGCAACAGCACCCAAAUGCCAUUUUCUAGAUUCGCAACUAACCUUAAGCUAGCACUUGGCAGUCAUGUUCUCAUGUUCCCAUCUCUUCUUUUAUGUAAUGCAAGAAAGACUGCAGCAGCAUUGAAAUAUAGUUUCCUUGUUUGGUUGUGUA